AAAAAACGAUGGUUUCAUGUUUCUGUCAACACGUCUUUUUCAGAUGCACACUUUCAUUGAAUCCUAAGAACAAACCAGGGUUAUCAUUGCUGAUCCAGGAUGUAACAUAAAACUAACUGUUAAACAUAAAUCAAACUCAGACUCAAACACCCUGUACCAACAGACGGCUCAUAUUUGGGGAUACUUUUUGGGGGAUCACAGCCUUUGCUCAACAAGAAGCUUCUGUCCGUACUCCUGUCUACGUUACAGUCCCGCAAACUGGAACCUCACUUUACUGGCCAGGUGAGAGAAUGGAACCAGGCUGCACCUUGCCUGAGGCCCCCCCUUACCAGCCCUUGCCUGAUGGGCUUGAUGAUAUAAUUGCCCUGGAAAUCACUGAGGUGUCCCCCGACUUGGUGGUGCUUCAGCUAAAGGAGGACACUCCGGAAGGGUGUGGAGUGGAAGCGUACAGAGAUGAUGGAGAUGGUGGGGAACAAGGUCCCGUGUUCAUUUGGGAGGCUAUGCAGAGGGACGACUACAGCACCCAAUGGAGGCCCCCUGGGGCCACCCCAGUACAAAGUCUGACCGACGGACAGAUCGGAGAGUACUGCGGAAUGACUGUUAACAGCGUGGCUGAGGAGAUGUACGCAACAUACACCAUUCCAGAGACCUGUUUUGGAAAUCUGGAGCUUCAGUUCUACCCAUGUGACAUCUGUGAGGCCUCUUUCACAGAUGAGCAAGAGCUUGAAAGACAUGUGAGUGAUUCCCAUUUCAUAAGUGGGGCCAAGAGGAAUGAACUGAGAGGAAAGGCUCCAAGCCUCAUAUGCAAGGAGGGUGGUGCACCAGGACAGACGCCGCCAUUUGGUCUGGGUCUCUCACAGCCUAAAGUGCCCAUGAGGAAGACUCAAUCCCCCCCUCUGCAAUGUGUGGUUUGUGGGAGGACUUUCAAGCAGCUAAAAUGCCUUCAAAGACACAUGUGGUAUCACACAUGGAGGCAGGGUCCCAGUAAUAGUGUAUCAGAUGAGAAGCAACAGCCUGUGACAACAGUGACUCAAAAUCCUUGUCCUAAGUGUGGGAGGACAUUCAAGGAGCGCAAAAUGCUAGACAGACAUCGACGGAUUUACCAUCACAACCAGACAGUGGUCCUUCACAGGGGCCGCCAUCAUCCUGACCUGCUAAAAAAUGUGAGCCCCCUGAGGUGCUGUGAGUGUGAUCGACACUUUGGCACCAAAGAGACCUUCUAUAAACACCAGUGCUUUCACCUCCGCAAGCAGCUGAGAGCUUUCAAUGCAUCAGGGAGGAAGAGCCAUGGAGUGAAUUUCUAUCAUUGUCAGCUCUGUGCACUUCCAUUCACUGGGGGCCUGGAGUUUGAGCACCACAUCAAAGUUACCCACCCUGAACAGUACAGGAAGGCUACCAGAAGGAUAUUUUCAGCUGGAAUGACCAGGAGUAAGAGAUCUCAAGCGUUAAAACACAGAGACAAGACUGUCAGCCUGGAAAAUGCUGAAGCUGGGUUCCCCCCACAGACUGCUGACCCAGAUGAAAUACCAGCUAUCACAGACCAGCAAGAUUCUGAGCCUGUGCAGUUGUCAUAUCCCUGCCCUGAAUGUGGGAAAUCGUUCCAUAUGCAAGCAUUGCUCAAUAGGCACCAGAAAAUGUACCACAUUAAAGCUGAGACAAGGUUGCAUAACGGUAACAACAGUUAUGCCCAUCAUAAGUGCCCAAAGUGUGAGAAGACCUUCCGGACAAGAAGGAUGCUACAAAAGCACAAGUGGAUGCAUCGCAAAAAAAAGGACUUAACAUGCUGCGAGUGCAGACGAUGCUUUGGUGCAGCAGAGACCUUCUAUAAACACAAGUGCUUUCACCUCCGCAAGCAGCUGAGAGCUUUCAAUGCAUCAGGGAGGAAGAGCCAUGGAGUGAAUUUCUAUCAUUGUCAGCUCUGUGCAAUUCCAUUCACUGGGGGCCUGGAGUUUGAGCACCACAUCAAAGUUACCCACCCUGAACAGUACAGGAAGGCUACCAGAAGGAUAUUUUCAGCUGGAAUGACCAGGAGUAAGAGAUCUCGAGCUUUAAAUCACAGAGACAAGACUGUCAGCCUGGAAGGUGCUGAAGCUGGGUUCCCCCCACAGACUGCUGACCCAGAUGAAAUACCAGCUAUCACAGAACAGCAAGAUUCUGAGCCUGUGCAGUUGUCAUAUCCCUGCCCUGAAUGUGGGAAAUCGUUCCAUAUGCAAGCAUUGCUCAAUAGGCACCAGAAAAUGUACCACAUUAAAGCUGAGACAAGGUUGCAUAACGGUAACAACAGUUAUGCCCAUCAUAAGUGCACCAAGUGUGAGAAGACCUUCCGGACAAGAAGGAUGCUGGAAAAGCACAAGCAGAUGCAUCACAAAAAAAAAGCCUUAACUACCAGAGUGAAAUCCGAGGUUGAAGACAAAUGUGCACAGACUGGUGACACUAGAGGCUCAUGCAGUGUAGCAGCCAACACAGAGGAGCAAGGAUCUGGAACAUCAGACCUUCUACAUCAAUGCAGUAAGUGUGGCAGAAUAUUCCAGGUGCGCAAGAUGCUGGACAAACACCAGCGGAUUUACCACCGAGACCAAUCAACGGUCCUUCGCAGGAGCCGCAGUCACCCUACCGUGAGCCUCCUGAGGUGCUGUGAAUGUGAUCGACACUUUAGCACCACAGAGUCCUUCCAUAGACACCAGUGCUUUCAUCUCCGCAAGCAGCUUAGAGCUUUCAGUGCAUCAGGGCGGAAGAGUAAGGGAGUGAAUUUCUUCCACUGUCAGCUCUGUACACUGCAGUUCACUGAAGGACUAAAAUUUGAGCUUCAUGUCAGAGUUACCCAUCCUGAACAGUACAAGAAGGCUGCUAGAACCAGAUGUUCAGCUGGAACGACCACAAAAACAGGAGAAUCCGGAGAUGGAAAUAAUGGAAAGACCUAUAGCAAACCAAUCAGUGUUGCAAAAGCACAUGUCAAAAUUACCAGAGUGAAAUCCGAGGUUGAAGACAAAUGUGCACAGACUGGUGACAUGGGAGGCUCAUGCAGUGUAGCCACCAACAUAGAGGAGCGAGGAUCUGGAACAUCAGACCUUCUACAUCAAUGCGGUGAGUGUGGCAGAAUAUUCAAGGUGCGCAAGAUGCUGGACAAACACCAGCGGAUUUACCACAGAGACCAAUCAGCGGUCCUUCGCAGGAGCCGCAGUCACCCUACCGUGAGCCUCCUGAGGUGCUGUGAAUGUGAUCGACACUUUAGCACCACAGAGUCCUUCCAUAGACACCAGUGCUUUCAUCUCCGUAAGCAGCUUAGAGCUUUCAAUGCAUCAGGGAGGAAGAGCAAGGGAGUGAAUUUCUUCCACUGUCAACUCUGUACACUGCAGUUCACUGAAGGACUGAAAUUUGAGCUUCAUGUCAAAGUUACCCAUCCUGAACAGUACAAGAAAGCUGCCAGAAACAAAUGUUCAGAUGGAACGUCCACAAAAAGGUGAGAAUCUGGAGUUGGAAAUAAUAGAUGAAAUCCAAAGUUGGAGACAAAUCUGCACAGACUGGUGACACUAGUAGCUCAGACAGUGUAGCAACCAUCACAGAGGAGCUAAAAUCUGGAGCAUUAGGCCCUCUAUAUUAAUUCCAUAAAUAUGGUAGGUGAUUCAAGGUAUGCAAAAUAUUAGACAGACACCUGAAGCUUUACCUCCAUGACCAAAUGGCAGCUCUUCAGGGGGGCUAUGGUCAACCUGCCAUGAGACUCCUGAGGUGCUGCGAAUGUGAUCGACACUUUAGCACCACAGAGACUAUAGACACAUUUCUAUAGACACCAGUGCUUUCAAUGCAUUGGGGAGGAAGAGCAAGGGAGUGCAUUUCUUUCAUUUUCAGCUCUGCACGUGGCUGCUUCCUGAAGGGCUGGAGUUUGAACUUCACGUCAAAGUUACCCACCCUGAACACCCUGUACAAGAAGGCCGCCAGAGCGAAAUGUUGACUUGGAGAUAAGCUUUUAAAGACAGAAGAAAAUAGACAAGGAGAGCUGUGCACAGACUAGAUGGAUGGGUGUGGGACAGAAACAUCAGCAGGUGGUAGUGCAGGGUCAGAUUCAGUCAGGUCCAGUGGGAGAAAAUAUAACAUGACAGAAAGACUGCUUCCCUGCAGUGACUAUGGGGAAUGUUUCAGGAGGCAUCAUAAUUUGAGGAGACAGCAGGAUUCCCACACGAGAAUAGCCAAACUGUAGGACUGCACAGCAUGUGACAGGGACUUCAGCUGCCUAAAGCACCUCAUACAACACCAGUAUGUGCACGCUAGAGACCCCUUUUUCACCUGCAAGGUCUGUGGCCAGCGUUUUCAUGAUCCUGGCCAGCUGAGGAGCCACCAUAAGCUGCACUCAGAGUGGGCAAUGUAUGGCUACAGCUGCUGUGAGCAGAAAUUUGGGCCGGCUGGAGACCUGCACAUGCACCGUGAGGGGUCCCAUUUGGGGCAGGACAAGUUAGGCUACAGUGCAUGCAAGAAGACCUACCAUAAAAUACAGGUCCUUUGGAAGUACCAGCUGACACACUCAAAACAAUGAGCAUUUCUGUGUGGCUUUGGCUGAUGUGAGCACCUGCAGCAGCAUGAGAAGCUCUGCAUGUGUGAGCACCAGCACUAUGAGAACACCACCAAAUCCACAAAAAGAGAGGCAAGAGAAGCUAACUGUUGCAGAGGGCACACCCAGAAAGCAUUCUGACGUCAGGGGAUCCUGUAGGCAUGUAGCGGAUAGAACAUUGGGACCCCUUAAAUGUAGCAGCUGCGGCAAACACACUUCAAAGACUGCUACAAAGAAAAAGGGACACACGGACACACAGACACUUGGACCUUCAGACAUAUCAGUGUGGCAGUAACCAGAGCAACUUAGGAGACGUACCCUAGGUGUGCCCUACAAUGUAUCCAGUAAUAGGUCCAUUGGGUCUUUCAACCCACCACAAAGGACACAAGGUCCAGGUCUGGCCCAGUUUGACCCACGCCUGUUUUUUGGUCAACUCCAUCACUGUACACCUUACAACUCAGUAAUAUGAAUAGGCUUGAAAUAAGGGAAAAUCCACCAUGAGGUGUUCGGUUAUAUGAUUUUAAUUCAUGAUGUGAAGGCAAAGACCCAAUCAACAUGAAGCGGAGGGUCGUUCUGCACACCUUAGAGAGGAUUAUCCCAUUUAUACCAUAGUCACUUGCCAAAACAUUUAAACAAGUGCAUUCACUUAUUUUCUUGGAUGUUUUUGCAUUCAAAAUGAUAAGUUAUUAAGCAAGAGAGGUACCAUUUCCCUGGCAACACAUGAGAAUCAGAUUAAUAUCUGAUUAUGCCGUCCCAUAAUACACAAGUUUACAUAGCAGUGGAAAUGCUUCACAAUUCGGGCACAUAGCCCAAACCGUAGAUAUGAACUAGCAACCAGACACUCCUUCUAGUUUGUCUUGUUCUAGUCAAGUAUUUCUAGUCAUUAUGCUAGGUUCCUGUCAUUUGCGUAACUUUGUAUUAAAAUUAAGUUUGAUCUUGGGUCACAAUGGUCUCACAGUAUUUUUUUAUACCAUGGAUAGCUAGCUAGCCAUCUACUCUAUUUCCUUCAAAACUGCAACUAAACUGUCUUGGCAAAUUUAUUGCAAUGCUGUCUUCAUUCAACUGAGCACCAACGAUGAUGUGAUGUGCUGGAGCAUAGCCUAACAACAUAGCACAACAUACUCUGUGAAAAUAAAUUUUGCACAUAUAUACACAAACCUGCUUAGCUAGCUCAGUGUAGAUGAAACUAAGAUAUUUGAUGCAAAAAAAUGUUCUCUGGAAUACAUUUCAGCCUCUGAAAUCACAAUGUGAUGUUGAUUUUUUAAGCUACCUGCCACAUUUAGAAUGCAAAUCAGACUGUUUGUCUGGAAAUACUUGCCAUGUGUGCUUAUCAGUUUUUAACACAUGCUUUCCACCUAAUCAGAAUCAAGUAGUCACACAGCCCAUGGUGUACCCAUCUAGUAUUGAGUGGAAAUUUGUGCAGGGCUAAGGUUUCCAGAAGUUUUAUAUAUAGAUUCUUCAGAUCAUAGAUUUGAUUGAGCAAUAACCACAGUAUUACGCAACAGAGAAUCCGGGGAGUAUUUCAAAUACUGCUGUACCUAUGAGCCACUGAGCCUGUUACUAUGGUGAUAGCUUGGGCCAGAGACUUUGGAAUGAAAGGAAUCUAGGCUGUGUCCAAAUCAGUCCGCCUGCCUACUGUUGAGUAUAGUUGUUCAGUACACUGAAUGAGAAGUAGGGUAAAUUUUCACUUAAUGAAGUGUACUUAAAAUUGAAGGAUGAUUUACUUAUUUUUGGGGUUUCGAUUAGUAUAUUCAGGAGCAUAGUUUUCAGGAAGUAAACAUCCAUUUGUUACCAUAAAUUUGAUGCUCAGUUUCACAUUAAAUAUGAGGCACAGGUUCGCUGACGUUUUUCUUCAACAAUGACAUGCAAGGGUGUAAUGUUGUACGACACUACUUUUUGCCUCCUGUGUAUGGAGUAGUAGAUAGUUUAUACAUUGUGGACACAGUAGAUAGGAGGCUAAUUCAGACACAGUGUAGGUAGCAUCCUUGUUGUCUAGUCCAACUAACUUUACCUCGACAAAAUGGCGGACCUACAGAAAAUUGAGCUCUGUGACUGGAUGAUUCCUAAUGCAAUGCUCUUUGGGACCGGUAGUGUUUAUACCUUCUACAAUUAUGUACAGUCUUCUACUCCUCCCUUUUUUCAAUGAAUCUAAAAUUUUCACGCUAUUGUUAAUUUUUUCAGUUGAUGAUUCAGCAAAGAGUUUCAUGCCCAUCCCGGGUUGGGAAAUGCCCAACCGGUAGCCUAUCAUUAGCUGUUUGUAGACCCAAGGUGACAACAAGUGACAAUGUUGUUUGCUGUCACAGUGGGGCCAAGUGACAGCCAAUGUCGAAUAGGUGACGUCAAUGAUAAAAUGAGUCAUUGUUAAAGUGACACCCAGCGCAGCAAUGACAGUCAGUGUUUAAGGUGACCGUCAAUGUUAAAAUGGUAUGUAAUGUCAAGGUAACCAUACUGUUAACUGUUCAGUGUCACCUAUAAUGUCACUGUAAUGUCUGUAAAAAUUACAGACAAUAAAAUGUCAGGUGUUUAAUCAAAGUGACUGGUAUUGUUAUUAAAAUUAUAUUAUCAUUCACUUAUAUGUAAACAAUUUUACAUUACACAAAUACUUUAUUUUUGAUGCGAAUCCUUAAUGCUGGUAUAGGCGAAAGUGUACUGUAAAAGAGCAUAACACUUAUCAGGGCCAAUGUUUCCUAGGUUGGCAGAUUCUUUGUUCAUAGUGCACCAUUUUUCAAACUAGCAGUUGGAAAUGAGUCCUGCACAGUUUGAUGAGGUUGCCACAUCACACGGGAAGCUUUCUGCAUUCCUCAUACUCCUAGUGAAGAGGCUACUGCUACCACUGAGUCUGUAAGUGUAGGUUAGGUGGGGGAUGUGUAUUUAGAUGUGGGUCUUCUGACCUACAUGAACAUGAUCCUUCUCCACAAGAUGAAGGUUCUGAUGUUUUUGCUUGUGAAGUUAAGAUUAAAUUAUAUAUAUUUAAUGUGGUCAAGGGGCAUGAAUGGAACUUAUAGUCUUGGACAUUGAGCUGCAUUUGAGGUCACCUGACCCAGAUGGGACCAAGUUGGAAGUACAAGUAAUUUGCAGAUAUCAAUGGUAUUGACAUGGUAUUGUGUUGCAUAUUUUUAAAUCCUACCAGGUGCAAUCAAAGCAGUCUCAGAUAAGCAGUUCAUUCUGUCUCCCCUUCCUCUAAAACCGACAUGCAGGCAUAUGAGACCUACCACCAGCUGCUCAAAUUCUUGGCAGUUAAACAAGGAAGAGACCUCCUGCAAACCAAGCCCCACUAGGACUACAGAGGCAUGCAGCUGCAUAAGCAUGCCUGGGCCACCAGUGGGCACUCUUUCCCCAAAGUCUUCCAUGGCCAGUAGGCCAUAGCAUGGGGACCAAUGCACAGCUGAACCAAGUAAACAAAAGUUCCUUUACAGAAAUUGUUUUAAUAAUGUUCCUGAUGGCAACUCAGGUUUCUUUUCAUCUUCAUUAAUUAUGUUGUACCUCUACAUGGUGAGACCAAAGUGUAUAAAAUACCCAUGAAUAAGAAUCUACACAUUAACCACAUGUGGAGUAAAAUUGUGGAGUACAGAGCCAAAAUCAAUAAAAAAAUCCCAAAUUUAUCCCAAAAUUUAUUAUCCCAAAUAUUAUGUAACUCACUGUAUAUACAAGUUAUUAUUUGUAGCUGCAAGGAAGGUCCAAGCUCAAAGUGGCCACAGUCAUGUCUUGUGUCAUAAAUAUAAGACAUGCUGGCUCAGUGUGAUGGCUUCAUUUCAUAAUCCAUUAUAGUGAUAUUUUUGUGAGACAUUUUGGGAAGAUUUAUACAACAAGAUAUUAAAAAUAAAUUAUUUCAUAUGGUUUGACCAUGAUUAGUCCAUGGAAGCCAUAUUUGCUCACAUUUCCAUUAAAAGGUCGUACAUGCCACGUUUCAGAUGUAUCCUCAAUAAAAUUAUUUAACUUUUAUCCUCACUUUUUCUCCCAAUGUGGGUGUUUCCAUAAAGCUAUGAAACGUACCUCAGUACAUGACUUUCGGUUUCUAAAAUAUCCUGUAUUGAAA